CCUGGCGGCGGCGAAAGAAAAGCGGGCAGGCCCCACGUGGAGCUGGCGCGGGUCCCAUUGAUCCCUUUCGGGGUGGGAUUUGGGGGGAAAGGGGGAAGGAAAGGAGGGCGGAAGGAGGGAGGGAACGAAGGGAGAAGCCCCGCCACCGCCACCCACCCUCCGCCUGCCCACUCGGGGAUUCCUACAGGAAAAGAGGAACAGACAGUUGCAGAAACCCUAUGGUUUUGUUCCAAGGAUGUUCCCGCAAAACCGGCCUCCGGCCCACCUGCCGGCCCCACCAGUGGCCACCAGUGCCGCCAGUGUCGUUUCCACCACUCCCCAGUCCCUGAAGCUCACUUACCCCGAGGUCCUGGACCGAAUCAAGGAGGAGUUUCAGUUCCUGCAAAAUCAGUAUCACAGCUUGAAGCUCGAAUGUGAGAAGCUGGCGACGGAGAAGACAGAAAUCCAGCGCCAUUAUGUAAUGUACUACGAAAUGUCAUACGGACUGAACAUCGAAAUGCACAAACAGACGGAGAUUGCCAAGCGGCUCAACGUCAUUUGCGCCCAGCUCAUCCCCUUCCUCUCCCAGGAGCACCAACAACAAGUGGUCCAGGCGGUGGAGCGAGCGAAGCAGGUGACUAUGGCCGAACUGAACGUGGCCAUUGGGCACCAGCUGCAGGCGCAGACCCUCUCCCACCACGUCCCUCCGAUCCCGCUGACCCCUCACCCCUCCGGCCUCCAGACGGCCACCCUGGCCUCCCUGGGUGGGGCCUCGGGGCUGCUGGCCCUUUCGGGGGCCUUGGGGGCCCAGGCGCAGCUCCUCGCCAAAGACGACCGCGGGCUUCUCGAUCCCGACCACAGAGACAGAGACCCAGGCCCCAGUUCCUUAAUGCUCUCGAACGGGGAACGGAUGCGGGCCAUUUCGGAGUAUUUGAACAGCAGCAAAAAGAGGAAAACGGAGGAGAAAGAGUACGGCACAGACUAUGGGAGUGACGGAGACAAGAGCGAAGACAACCUGGUUGUCGAUGAGGACCCUUCUUCUCCGCACAGCGUCCGCUCUUUCUCGUCCCGGGAGAACGGGGUGGACAAGGCCCCGCUCCAGAGGAAGGAGACGCUCCCGCUGAGCCCCACUUCCAUGGCCUCCUCGGGCAGCGCUUCCCCAACACGCUCCGCAAAAGACGGUGUCGUGGUUGAGAAAGCGGUCACUCCUGGCCUGAAGUCCAGCACCCCGACUUCUCAAGGCGAAGGUCCGGCGCCGGGUUCCUCCUCCUCCUCCUCUUCCUCCUCCAGCAACAGCAGCACGCCACACUUCCGCCCGGGGAUCACGAAACAGUCGGUGGAAUCGCUUGCCCUGAGCCUCCGAAACCCGCUGACCGUUCAGAGCUCCUACCAGGCGGCUUUCAGCGUGGCCCAUGCCUCCGCCAACGGGGAGAUGCCCGGGGCGAGCGCUUACUCCGGACUGCACCUCAUGAGCCCCCAGCUGAAUGGGGCAGCCGUGGUGGGGGCCACGGCCUACGGGCGGUCCCCUCUGGUGGCCUAUGAUCCGCACUCUCACCUGCGGGUGCCAGCGCUCUCCGCCGGGAUGCAGACCGGGGUGCCUUCGGCGAAACCGGCCUACUCCUUCCACGUGAGUGCCGACGGGCAAAUGCAGCCGGUGCCCUUCCCUCCGGACGCCCUGAUUGGCUCGGGCAUCCCCCGCCAUGCCCGCCAGCUCCACACGCUCGGCCAUGGGGAGGUGGUCUGCGCCGUCACCAUCAGCAACUCCACGCAGCACGUCUACACGGGCGGGAAGGGCUGCGUGAAGGUCUGGGACGUGGGCCAGCCGGGCACCAAGACCCCCGUGGCACAACUGGACUGCUUGAAUCGGGAUAACUACAUCCGGUCCUGCAAGCUCCUUCCGGACGGGCGCAGCCUGAUCGUGGGAGGCGAGGCCAGCACCCUCUCCAUCUGGGACCUGGCGGCCCCGACCCCCCGGAUCAAGGCCGAGUUGACUUCUUCGGCCCCGGCUUGCUACGCUUUGGCCAUCAGCCCCGACGCCAAGGUCUGCUUCUCCUGCUGCAGCGACGGCAACAUCGUGGUCUGGGACCUCCAGAACCAGACGCUGGUCAGGCAGUUCCAGGGCCACACGGACGGGGCCAGCUGUAUCGAUAUCUCCAACGAUGGCACCAAACUCUGGACCGGCGGUUUGGACAAUACGGUCCGGUGUUGGGACCUGCGGGAAGGACGCCAGCUUCAGCAGCACGACUUCAGCUCUCAGAUCUUCUCCCUGGGCUACUGCCCGGCCGGUGAGUGGCUGGCGGUCGGGAUGGAGAGCAGCAACGUGGAGAUCCUCCACGUCACCAAGCCGGAGAAGUACCAGCUCCACCUCCACGAGAGCUGCGUCCUCUCGCUCAAAUUCGCCUCCUGCGGGAAAUGGUUUGUCAGCACCGGGAAGGACAAUUUGCUGAACGCCUGGAGGACACCCUACGGAGCCAGCAUCUUCCAGUCGAAGGAAUCCUCCUCCGUCCUCAGUUGUGACAUUUCCACGGACGACCAGUUCAUCGUCACCGGCUCCGGGGACAAGAAGGCCUCCGUCUACGAGGUCAUGUACUGAACACGGCCAGCCCGGGACUGGACUCUUCCCCGCUCUGCAGCCAAAGAACCCUCCCGUUUUUGCAAACCGAGGGGGGAAAGAAAAGGACUCCGGUGUCUCUUUGGCGUGGUGUGUGUGCGUGUGCAAAACCCGAAGCCCCUCGGAGCAGCUUCUCGUGUGUCUUUGGUUUCGUUUUUUUGUAAUCUUUAAAUAAAAACAUUCAGGGAGUGUCCGGACGGGGCACCGAUCCUGA